GAGCUUUCAAGACAACAGAUCAAGCAGCUUUGUUGCAGGUGUCUUUGCGACUAGCUCCCCCGGUCUCGCCAUUCGUCAGACAUAAUUAUGCUGCAAAGAUUAAUAAGGCCGCAGAGCGGUCUCCGCUCGGCAUCGGCCGUUGUUAAGACGUCUUUGGCUGGCCUUCCUCGAUUUCAGUAUCGCAGUCUUCAUCGAGUCCCUCAAUUGGCGAACGAGCGCAUUUUUAGAGAACAUGGCAUUUCCGAGUUUAUGUCCCCCGAAGCCUUUGAUUUUGCUUGGACACAGUACCAAUCGCUGUUGGUGGAGAAAUUGAAUUUGAUGACACAGGAUACCGCCGAUGCAGAUUUGGAUACACUCGCUCUCGUUAAAAAGUAUGCCAAAAGGCGCGAGACUGCCCACUUGUUCAAUUAUGCCUCCAUGGCUCACAACAAUCAUUUCUUCUUUCACCGUCUUUCCCCCGUCAAAGUCCCCAUACCCGACAAACUAGCCUCAGACAUGAGUGACAGUGCCUCAUCACCCGAGUCCCUAAAACAAGACUUCCUAGCCACCGCCAGCGCCCAAUUCGGUCCCGGCUUCGUCUGGCUCGUUGCUCAAGCAAACACGGGUCUACUCAGAAUCCUUUCCACCUAUAAUGCCGGUACCCCUUACCCAGAAGCAUUUGCUCGACAACAAGGGGUAGACAUGAACAACGAACCCACUCCAGCGGCGGGACAAACACCCAAAUUCUACAGCUUCCUUGGCCUCCCAUCAUCCGGUGAAGCAACCCCCGACCUCGCCCCUGGCGGAAUGCCGCUUACUCCACUUCUCUGUGUGAAUACAUGGGAACAUGUCUGGAUGAUGGACCACGGUAUCGGUGGUAAAGAUGAAUAUCUCGAGCGAUGGUGGGAUAGGGUUGAUUGGAAUGCGGUGGAGGAUGCGCACAAGGCUACUGUGGGAUACAACGUGAACUUGAAUAAACGAUCUUUAUCGAUGUAAUCGUUACAAGACCAGUGUUCCGAUUGAUUGUUUUAUUAGUGUUGGGCUUACCCUUUUCAAUCUUCAUGUAUUAUAUAUAUAGCAUUGGGGUACUGGGACAAAAUGUGUAAUUUGUACUUGAUAUAGAAAUUCUUCAAGCAGUUCUAACACUCUAUAUACAUCCAUCAUAGAUAUAAGUACAUUUUACCACAUAUGCACAGAUCCCGACCAACCUACCGGCCAAGAGUCAUCUGCUCCUUAAUCCUCCUCUCAAACGCGUCAAUCAUAACUCCAGCAACCCUAUCCUCCACCGCAGACAUCAUAGCAGUAUGCAUCGGGUUCUGAAACCGGAAAUGAAUCUCCAGCUUGACUUCCGUCUCUGCGCCAGAGGAUGAAGUUGCCAAUUUAGGUACGAGCUCCCAUUUUGUACUCAAAUGACUAAAUAGCCCUUCAUCCGCUCCCGGGAUCGGUUGCCCAUCAUCACCAACUCCACCACCACUUCUAGCUUCCACGAUCCACCGGUCUCUGUCGCAUGUAACUCUUGACGUAAAUGUCUCUGUGAAGGGGGGGUAUCCAACUGUCAGAAAUGCCUGGGACGGAUAUCCGGAUGUUUGGUCGCGCGCAGUCACGGUUGAUGCAGUGAGGAAAGGCAAGAAUUCUGAGUAGGAUUCGACUGAGGCGAUGAUCUCGUAGAGUGGGGAGGGGGGGAAAGGUAAAGUGCGAGAUGCGCGGAGGGUGCGAAUACUCUCCGGUUUGUUAUUGUUAUUAUUAUUUGAGAAGAUGUCGGGGAAACUGAUGAAUGAUCGCUGCUGGCGGGUGAGAUAUAGAUGUGUUCUCGAUUGCCGUAGGGCGGAAAGAGCGGACUGGUGUUGACAUGUUAUCGAGGCGGAUCUUGAGGUUGUAGUAUGGAGCCAAGCAAUUGAGGCUUUCGAGCUAUUUAUUAUUGUUGGAAUGAACGCGUUGUCACUGCGCGAUACAGUGCAAUGCCUUUGAAAUGUCCGAGGGCGCAGAGUUGGUCUCAUGGUUCGGGGUGACCUCAAUCUUGAGGUUGGUGCUGAUAUCAUGUAUCAGUCAGUGGAUGCUAUGACACUCUUCUAGUGGACAUUAGAGAAAGAGUAAUAUUGUUUCACUGUAGUAAUUUGUAUGGAUUGCACCAUCAGAGUUGGUGGGCUAUUGAAGACUUGGAGUUGAUGCUGUCAUAAAA